AUGGACUACAUUGCAUUUGAGCCCUUUCCGGAAAAUGACGCGCUUCCCUCACCUCAACCGUCGCUUUCAAUCCCCCUCAAGUCGAACAUUGAAAAUUUGGGUGCCAAACUAUCCCAGUUCAAUAACUUGAAACAGUUCUUACAGCUGAACGCAGCUGACAACAUCGAGGAAAAGGUCGAAGACUCGAAGUUGGCCGAGAAGUAUGCACUUUUAUCACUUGAGCAGUUGACGAAAGAUCAGAAACCCUCUGAUAGUUCGUCCUCACAAGACCCAUUGGCCCGAUCAGAAGCUUUGUCCACGCGAUUGUCAAGGGGACUCAAUCCGACUUUUGGAGAUGCUUCUAUGCGUGAGCUUUUCACUCGGUUAGAAUCGAAGUCCUACGAAGAAAGCAUGGAUCAUUUGGUAGACGCAGGCAUAGAAGGAUCGAUAGCUCGUAAAAAUUUGAGAUCGCAGGUAGAAGCGGAGCUUAUCAAAAAUUAUGCAUCUAUUCUUGCCGAUUAUGCGAAGCCGGUGAAAGUAUUGAAGACGUUGGGCGAAAGAGUGUCUGCUCUUGUGGUCUCUAUUAAUGAAACUAAAGAUCUACUAGAAAAGGACGUCGCAGCUACGUCUGAUCUAAUGAGCGAAAUAGACGCCUUGAAUUCUGAGAAAAAAUCAAUUGAUUUGAAGAAGAGUCUUUUGGUGGCAUUCCGCCAGAAGUUCACCCUCAAUGAGUACGAACAGUACGUCUUGGAAUACAAUGACAUCAACCAGGAGUUUUUCGAUGCCCUUCUGCGUGCGGAGAAAAUUAAUGAGGAUUGUCUGAUUCUUCUUGCUGUUGAUAACCCCAAGCAGGGUCGUAGCCUCUUGGCUAAGAACAACGAUUUGGUUUCGAAAGCAAACCAGAAGAUUACUACAUUUUGUACCCGCUCGCUUUCCAAUAUCUAUUCGCUCAAUAAUCGUGAAAGACUAAACACUUUACAUAUGUGCCUUGACUAUCUCUCUCGAUCCCCAGAAAAGUUGAAUUCUGUUCUAGAAUCAUUCGUGAAAACACGCUCGGCGUCUCUCUUAGACGAAUUCAGCUCUCAAAUUAACGGAAAUAAUCUGUCAGAUGGAAAGAGCAGCAUAUCCGACUCUCGCCCGGUUUAUUUUUCGUCUCACGAUCCCGUAAGAUAUAUUGCAGACUUGCUAGCCUAUGUUCAUUCUAUCGUUGCCAACGAGGCAGAGACAGUCAAAAACUUAUUCGAGGGAGAGCAGGAUCUUUCUCAAACAGCCAGUAAAAUCUUGGAGCAAACUUUAGGUUCGCUUGCAAAACCAAUCAAAGCCGAAAUUGACCGCGUCGUUUCAGCAGAAACGAGGCUUCAAACUACUUGUCAAAUCAUGACCCAUCUAGAACUCUAUCAUUUGAUGUUCAAUAAGAUUUCCGAUGCAAUUGGAAUCAAUGAAUCCAUUGCCGCUGCAAUGUUACUAGCCAAAGAAAAGGUAGAACUUAUAUUGUCAAACCGUUUGGCAGCUGCAAAAACAUCCAACCUGGCAAGAUUGGAUCUCUCUUCAGAUUUACAGCCACCAGAAUGGAUUAUUGAUUUCUAUUCGGACAUUCUUCCGGUGUUAGACACAAUGACUUCAGCUACUGUUUUUGACAUGCCUGAAGCUGAACACAAAAAAUUCCUUGAGCUUAUUGUCGAUCAGCCUAUCUCAGUUUUCGAGGAGCACUUGAAUUUUGAAUCUUCUGCAUUUGAUAGGCGCGACCUCGUCAUUUUCAAGCUCAACUUCCUAGAUCUUAUAACAUCUAAAGUUACACCAAUUGUCUUGCUAUCACUGAAAGUUGCAGAAUUAGUAUUGAAGACAAAGUCUCUUCGACAAGAAGCACAAGAAAUUCAGCUCCAAGAAUUGCUUCGAAGCUGUUCACUCACUGAUUUCUACAAUGUCACAAACAUGAUUUUCCCUAUUGACAAGGAGCUUUUGGAUCCAUCAAUAUACCAGGCUAUCACAGAAAACAAGCUCUUCAACAAGGAAGCGAUUGCUGCUGCAAAUGAGGACAUUCAAGCAGUACUUCCAACUGCUUUAAUGGACUCCCAAUCAACGCUCAUAAAACUUAACAAUCCCAUUGAUGUCAAGGAGAUUGUUACAUCUUCCUUCGAACAAUUUCAAGUCUUCUACACGUUAUUUUCGGCUAUAGUGACAGAGUAUUUACAGGAGCCGCUCUUGUCAUGGUCUUCAGAUGAUGUUGGAACCAUGCUUGGUAUUGACGAUUCUGACUCCUACCUGAUAUUAGAAUAA